UCGCAGCACCAAAAGCAGCAACCAAGCUCACCACCAAGAUCUCUGCUCAGCAUUUUGCUCGAAAGUGACCUACACACACAUUGACACAUACCAAUAUACCAUGGCGCCAUCAGUGGCCUGCUCCUUCUUCUUCGACGACGAGCUGCUCGGCGAGCCUGGCAUGCCGGCGAUGGACGCGUGCGCGCUCUGCGCCAAGCCGCUGGCGCGCGACCAUGACGUCUUCAUGUACAGAGGGGACACGCCCUACUGCAGCGAGGAGUGCCGCCACGAGCAGAUGCACCUCGACGCCGUCUGUGCCAAGAAGGCCGCACGGAGACAGCAGCGGUUCUCGGCGGGGACGGAGUCCCACCGUGUGCAGCGGCAGUCCAGGAAGGUGUCGGUCGCAAGCUAACCGGCUGGCCGCUGAAAGUUUUGUUUGGAUCAAGAAGAUCUGAAUUCUGAAGAAUACAACAUAUGUAUUCUGAAGAACCAUCCAUAUCUCUUUCUCUUGGGAGGCGUCUGAUGUCUCCGUCUCUCCGGCCGGUGCUCUAGCGUGUACCCUGGCGCCGCAUCAGGUGGUAGGUGCCUGUAGCUUCCCAUAUGUGUCCAUGGCAUGCUAAUUAAGCUGCCCGGAUGGGAGGAAAUCUGUACUUGUUCUCGGUCUGUCUGUGCUGUACCGAUGAAUUGAUUUUGUUCGAAACGAAAUGGCCAAGGAUCUGUAUUUGGGUCGCUCUUCUGCGCCUCCUCUCUCGUUUUGUUUCCCUUAAUGAUUGGAUCCUGUUUGGUUUUGGUAAUGCUAGGGACACUGUUCAAAGCACUGUCACUGUAAAAACAUCAUGGCAAUCGACCUACACAUUAUUGUGCCCCUAAACUUUGUUAUGCUUUUC